AGGCGGGGCAGAAAUUAAUUUCUUGUUUGAAUUCUUCUUCGUCGUCUUAGCCAUCCAUUCAAGACUCCUUACACCCAACUCAUAAAUACUACCUCUAAUUCCACCUCUCAUCCUAUAAGCCAAACACUUUGUUCGCUCUCUCUCAAAAACCCACUUUGGCACUUGUUCUUUCCUUUAACAAUUAGCUAAAUCGUCUUUUUUUUGCCAAAAGAAGGUCGUCCUUGUUUCAGAUUAAAUGGAAGAUGCUUCGAGCAGUACUAGCAAUAAACUAGAUGAGUCAAGUGCGUUAGCUUUCUUAGGAAAGAUUAUGUUGGGGGUAAUCAUAUUUGUAUUCCUGGUUGUGAUCUUCAUAUUCUUCCUUCACCUUUACGUGAAAUGGUCCCAGAAUCGUCGCCGGCAAGAAGCCGACGACGACUCCAACGGCGGCACAGGGCGCCGCCACAAAGUCAAAGUUCAGGGACUUGACCCGUCAAUUCUUAAAACAAUUCCUGUGCUUGCAUUUGAUGCUAAAGAAUUCAAAGAUGGAACACUGGAAUGUACUAUUUGUCUUUGCGAUGUCACUGAGGGUGAAAAGACAAGAUUUUUACCAAAAUGUAAUCAUGGGUUUCAUGUUGAUUGCAUUGACAUGUGGUUUCAAUGUCAUUCCACUUGCCCUCUUUGUCGUAACGCAGUUUCCACGACUGGGGAUAAAACACCCGAGUCAGUGGAAUCAGAGGCUGAGGAGGUUGAGGCUUCAACAGAGUUGCCGAAUUUCCCAACCAAUGUGCUGUAUUGGGGAAAUGAGACUCAAGUUAGCACUUUAUGUAAUCCUUGUUUGGACUCAACAGCAUCUACGAGUAAUAAUCGGACAGAUGGAAUGUUGGUGAUCGAUAUUCCAGGGCGAAUUAUUGAAGAAGAGUCGAAAUCUGUAAUGCCUGAAAGACUGAGGCGUUUGAUGAGGCUUUUGAGCGGGGAUAGAAGGGCGUUUAAUCCUUCUAGUUCGCGAAAUGUAGAUAUAGAACAAGGUGGUGGUAGAAGCCCGAGCUAGCAUAGACUCAGAGACGGAUUCAAGAAGUGAGUUUGGUUCCCUUUAUAUAUGCCUAUUGCGUAGUACAUACUGUAAUGUAAAUGCAAUUAAGGUAUAGAGUUCAUUGAUUCUUGUUGCAGAUGAAAAGUUGACACUUUGGUGUCUGCAUCUUUUAGGUGUGUAUAGGUAGUGGAUAUAUUAGUACAUGUAUAAACAUAUUGUAGUAGGCUUCUCUCUCUGUUUGAGAAUAGAUGCAAUCCAUCUUCUCUUACAGAAGAGUGUUAGAAGUUAUUUUUUGUCAACGUGAGCAGUGAGCUUUUCUGCUA